GAAGUUAGUGGGUGCAGAGUGAAGCGAGGUAACUGAACAAACAAAAAAUGGCCGUGGAGUCUCGAGUCACACAAGAAGAGAUAAAAAAAGAACCAGAGAAACCGGUCGAUAGAGAAAGGACAUGUCCGCUGUUACUAAGGGUGUUUACAACUAACAAUGGCAGGCAUCACAGAAUGGAUGAAUUUGCUCGGGCAAACGUCCCAUCCAGUGAGCUGCAGAUCUAUACAUGGAUGGAUGCAACCCUGAAGGAGCUAACCAGCCUUGUGAAAGAGGUCUACCCAGAAGCUCGAAAGAAGGGCACGCACUUCAGCUUUGCAAUUGUCUACCCAGAUCCUAACCGCCAGGGCUACAGGGUGAAGGAGAUUGGCAGCACAGUUUCAGGAAGGAAAGGCACAGAUGAUUCCAUGACGUUGCAGUCACAAAGGUUCCAGAUAGGAGACUAUUUGGACAUAGCAAUCACACCUCAGAACAGAGCACCGCCUCCACUGGGACGCAUGCGACCUUACUAACAAGAUCAGCAAAAUAAAAGGGCUUCUGGGCUGGACC